UUCGUAUAAAAGUCGCUGUUAUUAUUUCAACAGCAUCCUAUUCGCAACAGGUCAGUGCCGGGUUAGGGGGUUUAAUAUUUGUGGUUUUUUUUUUGGAAGUUCUCCUCGUCCCUAAGACUUUUGUGUGAAUAAACUGUGCAAUAUGAUACUCAAGAUUAGUACAGCUUUAUGCUGUAUGCUAGCAGUGUCUUAUGCUGCCAUAGCUCCCGGCCAAAACGCUUAUUUGCCUCCAAAGGAGUCAGGAUAUAAGUACGAUAAACCGUCUGUGCCUUUCCCCGCCCCUGGUCCAGCUAGACCAAGCUUCCCUGCACCAAGGCCAUCUUAUCCUCAACCAACUCCAUCUAGACCAAGUUUCCCACAACCUAGACCAACAUUCCCUCAACAGCCCAGCCCGCCAAGGCCUACUUAUACUCCAGCUCCAGCUCAACCAGGGCCAGCACUGCCAGUCCAACCAUCUCCUCCAUUUAGACCACAACCCAGGCCACCAGCAGCAACUGUGCCAGCUCCAUACCAACCCAUUCGUCCAUCACCACCAAGGCCAACCGGAGGUCCAGCUUACAUCCCGCCGGCUCCAUCCAGACCCUCCAUUCCCUCUCCACCCUCUUUUCCAUCACCAACCCAACCAAGGCCUAGUUACAUUCCAUCAGCUCCAGCUCCAAGACCCACACAACCCCCAUACCGUCCGCCACAACCCCCUCAACCCAAACCAACCCAACCUUUCCGUCCAACAGGACCUCCACAAACGUAUAUUCCUCCAAGGCCGACACCAUCUAGACCAAUUGGACCUCCAAGUCCUACCUACGGCCCAGGUCCAUCCAGACCGUCUCCACCACCAUACAGACCAACUGGUCCUGGACAACCUCAAGGUGCUGGCUCUAAUAAAGAUCAAAAGUUCGUAGGAGAAAACGAUCACCUUUUGGUUCCUCAUAAACCAGCAGAACCGUUCGAUUUUAAGUAUGCAGUUCAGGAACCAUCGUAUGGUAACGAUUAUUCUCACAAUGCCGUAAAUGAUGGUGACAGGACUAAUGGAGAGUAUAGGGUACUUUUACCCGAUGGAAGGACUCAAGUCGUCAAAUAUGUAGCUGAUUGGGCAACAGGAUUUCAUGCAAAGAUAAGCUACGAAGGAAACCCAAGCUAUCCUAAUUUCCAAGGAUCAGGAACAGGUCAAAGACCAGUACAGUAUCCAAGUCCCUCUGGUCCCUCCAGACCAUCACUGCCAACAGGUCCCGCACCAGGUCCAAGUGGAGGGUACCCAUCUGGAAGGCCAAGUGUACCGUUCCCCUCGCCUAGUGCCCCAAGCUUCCCAGCACCUAGCAGGCCAAGCCCUACAAAUGUCAAUCAACAAUACAGUCCCAGUGGUGGAUAUAAAUAUUAGAAAUCGAAAAGUACCUCCCAAGACAAACAGUAUUAAAGCUAUAAUUUAUAUAGUUGGGGAAACAUUGUAAAAGUAAUCUUAUUUAUUUAUACAAUUAAGGUGUCUUAUAGAUUCCUGAAUCAUUCUUUUAGAUACACGAAUAAGAUUAGUUCAUAAUUUCCUGCUGAAAUUUUAUUUUAGAAAUUAGAUAUGAUUUUUAUCUAUUUAUUACAUUGCCAGAAUUUAGUUUAAUUUUCAACUUAUUGAUCUGUUUGUGAUGCUCUCUAUAGAUAUUAAUAGUCAAAUGAUGUAUAGUUUAAAAACGAUGGGAGGAUGACAAUUACGAAAACCUAAAAUAUUUUCAUAUUCCGAAACAUUAUUUGUAAAUUAUAAAAAUAAGAAAUAUUUUUUUAUUUUAGUAUUAUAUUUUUCAGUAUUUCCGACGAAAUAAAUUAUUUAUUGAUAAUUUAAGACACAUUUAAUUUUUCUGAUUCAUGUAUAAAUGUAACGAAAAUAAAUUAUAUUUUUAUA